GGGAGGCACACCGAGGUGCAUCAGACCUGGCGGGCGGCAUCCCUUCGACCCUCCUUGACCCCCUGUGGCUUUAGCCGUCAGAAGUCAAAUUUGCAGCUACGGAGGACUCUUCCCAGAGCUACCAAACCCCGGCCGCUCUUCCCCAGCCACUGUGGCCAGCUCAGGGCAGGAACCUGCGCCCCAAGCAGCUGUAACUUGCAGCAUCCCUGGGCACCUGCCUCUUCCAAGGCCCUCCUGCUGUACAGCAUUUUGCCACACCUGCGGCUUCUGUUUGCCUCUCUUCCCCAAAUCGCCAAAACUUCAGAACCCAGAAACACUUCUGAAACACCUUACCCGUUCUAAUCCCUGCUGUUCCUCGAGUCCCACGGGUCACCUGCUACUAUGAGCUGCCCCAUUGACAAAAGGCGCUCCCUGAUCGCUUUCCUGCGCCGGCUGCGGGACCUCGGACAACCCCCAAGGUCGGUGACAUCCAAGGCGUGCGCUUCGCGCUCGCCAAAAGAGGUGCCCCUCUGCCCGCUGAGGACAGAUGGUGAGACUCGGAAUGUCACUUCCUUGCCUGGACCCACCAACUGGCCACUGCUAGGCAGCCUACUGGAGAUUUUUUGGAAAGGCGGCCUGAAGAAACAGCACGACACACUGGCAGAGUACCACAAGAAGUAUGGCCAGAUUUUCCGGAUGAAGCUGGGCUCCUUCGACUCGGUGCAUCUGGGCUCGCCGAGCCUGCUGGAAGCUCUGUACCGCACAGAGAGCGCGCAUCCCCAGCGACUGGAGAUCAAACCUUGGAAAGCCUAUCGCGACCACCGCAAUGAAGCCUACGGGUUGAUGAUCCUGGAAGGACCGGAGUGGCAGCGGGUCCGCAGCGCCUUCCAAAAGAAACUCAUGAAGCCGGUGGAGAUCAUGAAGCUGGACGAGAAAAUCAAUGAGGUCUUGGCUGAUUUUAUGGGGCAAAUCGAUGAGCUGCGUGAUGAGAGAGGCCGCAUCCAAGAUCUGUACAGUGAACUGAACAAAUGGUCCUUUGAAAGCAUCUGCCUUGUGCUGUAUGAGAAGAGAUUCGGGCUCCUUCAAAAGGACACGGAAGAAGCAGCCCUGACCUUCAUUGCAGCCAUCAAAACGAUGAUGAGCACCUUUGGGAAGAUGAUGGUGACCCCCGUGGAGCUGCACAAGCGCCUCAACACCAAAGUGUGGCAAGCGCACACGCUGGCCUGGGACACCAUUUUCAAAUCAGUCAAGCCCUGCAUUGACAACCGACUAGAGAGAUAUUCCCAGCAGCCUGGUGAGGAUUUCCUUUGUGAUAUUUAUCAGCAAGACCAUCUUUCCAAGAAAGAACUGUAUGCGGCUGUCACAGAGCUCCAGCUGGCUGCGGUGGAGACGACCGCAAACAGCUUGAUGUGGAUUCUCUACAAUCUAUCCCGGAAUCCCCAAGUGCAGCAGAGACUUCUUCGGGAAAUCCAGAGCGUGCUGCCUGACAACCAGACGCCACGGGCAGAAGAUGUGAGGAAUAUGCCCUAUUUAAAGGCCUGUCUAAAAGAAUCCAUGAGGCUUACCCCAAGUGUGCCAUUUACAACUCGGACCCUUGACAAACCAACGGUUCUGGAUGGAUAUACACUACCCAAGGGAACGGUGUUAACACUAAACACCCAGGUGCUGGGUUCUAGCGAAGACAAUUUUGAAGAUGCUAGUAAGUUUAGACCGGAACGCUGGCUUCAAAAGGAGAGAAAGAUCAAUCCCUUUGCUCAUCUCCCAUUUGGCAUCGGGAAGAGGAUGUGCAUCGGGCGCCGGCUGGCUGAGUUACAGCUCCACUUGGCUCUUUGCUGGAUAAUCCAAAAAUAUAACAUUGUGGCUACAGACAACAAGCCCGUGGAGAUGCUGCAUCUUGGCAUCCUGGUACCUAGCCGGGAGCUGCCCAUUGCGUUCUGUCCACGGUAGGAUGCUAAGAUUUCUUUCCCCUGCUCCCCCAAUCAAGACCAGCAAUCCCCCUGCAAGAGAACUGCUUCUGGCUUCUGUAUUCCUAGACGGCAAACUUCAGGGACCAGAGCAUGGGACAACCUGCGAAGCACGCGCACAAAGUUUACUGCAGAAUGAUUCUGAAAAUGAUGUUUACUAAGCCGAUUACUCAGGGAAGCACAUGGAGGGGCGGGAAUGCCAGGCGCCGCCCACUAUACUUCACCACAUGUUUACAUUAGCCAACCAGAGCCCUCAAGAGCCUGCCCUCAGUGUCUUCUGUGUUAUCCCGGGGAAGCUGCGAGCCAGCUACUAUAAUAAAGGUUAAUAAGUAUUUCUGAUGCAAAA